ACAGCUGAUCUGAAAUAUGUCUACCAUUAGCAUGCAAGUAUCCAUCCUUAGGAAGCCAGUAAAGUCUUUCCAUGGCUUGCAUAGGAGAGCUUCAAAGGCGCGGUGUGUCUCUCGUACUUCACCCGUGGCUCUCCUCAAGGCUCGUUGCUCCACACCACUUGAAGAAGCUCAUCAAAUACGACGCUCUGGAAACUACGAGCCUUCCCUCUGGGAUUUCAGUUACAUUCAGUCUCUCAACACUCGCUAUAAGGAGGAGACAGACUUAAAAAGGGAAGCUGAGUUGAUUGUGCAAGUGAAGAUAAUGCUAAAUGAUAAAAUGGAGGCUGUUCAUCAAUUGGAGUUGAUUGAUGACUUGAAAUAUCUUGGACUAUCUUAUUUCUUUCAAGAUGAGAUUAAGGAGAUUUUAAGUUUUAUAUUUAGUGGUAACACAUGUUUCCACAAUAAUGAAGCAGAAGAUCAAAAAGAUUUGUAUUUCACCGCUCUUGGAUUCAGAAUUCUCAGACAACAUGGUAUCAAUGUUCCCCAAGAGGUAUUCGAUUGUUUCAAGAACGAGAAGGGUAGCGAUUUCAAGGCAAGCCUCGGCCACGAUACGAAAGGAAUGUUACAACUUUACGAAGCAUCAUUCCUAUUGAGAGAAGGUGAAGAUACAUUGGAGCUAGCAAGGCAAUUUUCCACAAAAUGUCUGCAUAAAAAGCUUGAUGAAGAUGGUGGCGAUGAAAUUGACGAAAAUCUGUUAUCGUGGAUUCGCCACUCUUUGGAUCUUCCUCUUCACUGGAGGGUUCAAAGACUUGAGGCAAGAUGGUUCUUAGAUGCUUACGCGAGAAGACCAGACAAGAAUCCACACAUUUUCAAGCUUGCGAAACUCGACUUCAAUACCAUGCAAGGAACAUAUCAACAAGAAUUGAAAGAUAUCUGGAGAUGGUGGAGUAAUACAGGCUUUGCUGAAAAACUACCAUUUGCAAGGGAUAGGAUUGUGGAAUCCUUCUUUUGGGGAGUUGGAAUGUUUGAGCCUUAUCACUAUGGAUCUCAGAGAAAAAUGGCUGCUAUUUUUAUUAUGCUGAUAACAGUUCUAGAUGAUAUUUAUGAUGUGUAUGGCACCCUAGAUGAGCUGCAACUUUUUACAGACAUCAUUGGGAGAUGGGACAAUGAAUCCAUAACCCAACUACCAUAUUACAUGCAAGUUUUUUAUUUGGCACUCAACAACUACAUUUCUGAGGUGGCAUACCAUGUUCUCAAAGAGCAACAUUUCAUCUGUAUCCCCUAUCUACAGAAAUCAUGGAUAGAUUUGGUUGGAACAUAUUUGAAAGAGGCAAAGUGGUACUACAAUGGAUAUACACCAAGCCUAGAAGAAUAUCUCAACAAUGCCAAGAUUUCAAUAGGAUCUCCUAAUUUAAUAUCGCAGCUAUAUUUCACAUUCGCAAAUGGAGAUGACAAAACGGCCAUCGACAGCUUGUACCAAUAUCACAACAUACUUUACUUAGCAGGAAGGAUUUCAAGGCUUGCUGAUGAUCUUGGGACAUCUCAGCACGAGCUGGAGAGAGGGGACGUGCCGAAAGCAAUCCAGUGUCACAUGAAGGACAGAAAUGCUUCGGAGGAGGAGGCGCGAGACCAUGUGAGGUUUCUGAUUGGGGAGGCAUGGAAGGAGAUGAACACGGAGGUGGCAGCUGGUUGUCCGUUUCCAAAUGAUUUGGUUGCGGCUGCGGCUAAUCUUGGAAGAGCGGCGCAGUUUAUAUAUCUUGACGGAGAUGGUCACGGAGUGCAACACUCAGGAAUACAUCAACAGAUGAGUGGCUUGCUGUUUCAGCCAUAUACCUGAGUACUUAUUUGGCAAUCAACAAUUUUAAUGUGGGGCUUGAUCUACUUACAUAGCCCAGGCAUGCUAUAUUAUAUGUAUAUAUAUGGCAUGAUUAGCAAGAUACUUGCUGAAUUUGUAUAAAGGUUAAUGUAUUUCCUAAAUCCAAUCAUGGUCCAACUCCUAGUAUUAUUAUAUA